GCAACGCCGCACAAAAAGCGCCUCCGUCAGACUAUACAGUAAUGAAGAAGUAAGAAAAAUGAAAAUGAAAAGUCUACUGUUUCUCGCACUCUUGGCGUUGCUAUGGCAAUGCAGCCGAGCACAGCAAAGGGGUCUUUUCCCUGCUGUGCUCAACCUGGCCUCCAUGGCGGAGAUCACCUCCAAUGCCACCUGUGGAGAGAGAGGCCCGGAGAUGUACUGCAAGCUGGUCGAGCACGUCCCUGGACAACCAGUGAGGAACCCCCAAUGUCGACUGUGCAACCUCCGAAGUGAAAAACCGCAUGAGCGGCAUCCCAUCGAAUACGCCAUCGACGGCACCAACCGAUGGUGGCAGAGCCCCAGCAUAAAGAACGGCAUGGACUACCACUACGUCACCAUCACCCUGGACCUCCAGCAGGUGUUCCAGAUCGCCUAUGUCAUCCUGAAGGCGGCAAACUCCCCUCGCCCUGGGAACUGGGUGCUGGAGCGUUCCCUGGACGGGGUCACCUUCACCCCCUGGCAGUACUUCGCCAUCACCGACACGGAGUGCAUCACCCGCUUCAACAUCACGCCCCGGACCGGCCCGCCCUCCUACACCGGGGACGAUGAGGUCAUCUGCACAGCCUUCUACUCCAAGAUCCACCCGCUAGAGAACGGGGAGAUUCACACCUCGCUGAUCAAUGGGAGACCCAGCGCGGAUGACCCCUCCCCCGCAUUGCUCAACUUCACUUCCGCCCGCUACAUCCGCCUGCAGUUCCAGCGAAUCAGGACCUUGAAUGCUGACCUCAUGACUCUGGCCUUCAACGACCAGCAUGAGUUGGACCCCAUCGUAACCAGACGGUAUUACUAUUCGAUUAAGGACAUAUCGGUUGGUGGAAUGUGUAUCUGCUAUGGCCAUGCUCAAGCAUGUCCUCUCAACAACCAGACAAAGAAAUUCAGCUGCGAAUGUGAGCACAACACGUGUGGUGAGAGCUGCGACCGCUGUUGUCCUGGAUACAACCAGAAGCCGUGGAUGGCUGGAACCUUUCUCACGCGACACGUCUGCGAGAAGUGUAACUGUCACGGGAAAUCCGAGGAGUGCUAUUACAACCAGACCGUCGCAGAGAGGAAGCUGAGCUUGAACAUCAACGGACAGUACGAGGGUGGCGGAGUGUGCGUCAGGUGUUCCCGCAACACCGCCGGGGUCAACUGCCAAUCGUGCGUGGACGGCUACUUCAGGCCGAGUGGGGUGCGUCCAGAGGAGGCCAACCCCUGCCGGCCCUGUUCAUGUGACCGCAGAGGCUCCCUUCUCCAAACGUGUAUCCCGGACGAGUCCCAGGCUAAAGGAGGCCUAACCGCUGGGUCCUGCCGCUGCAAGCAGGGCUUCGGAGGUGACAGGUGUGACAGGUGCGCGUUCGGAUACCGCGACUUCCCGCACUGCGUGCCCUGCACGUGCAAUAUCUACGGCAGCCUCAACAAGGACCCCUGUACACUGCCAUGCACCUGUAAGGACAAUGUGGAGGGGGACAACUGCGGCCGCUGCAAGGCGGGCUUCUUCAACCUCCGCGGAGACAACCCCCGCGGAUGCGAGAAGUGCUAUUGCUCGGGCGUGGCCAGCUACUGCUCGGACUCCCGCUGGACGUACAGCAACGUGACGACCAUGUCGGGGUGGUUCCUGACCGGGCUGGAAGGUAAAUCCAGGCUGUGGCCCAGGUCCAGUGGAGAGGGGCUCCAGAUCAGCUACAAGGAGGCCCGGAGACAGCUCCCAGCGCUGUUCUACUGGAGCGCGCCCGCCCUGUACCUCGGGAACAAGCUUGCAGCCUAUGGAGGCCAGUUGGUGUUCACGGUCAGUUAUGAAACAGAAAGAAAGGAUAAAGCCGUCAGAACCUCCACGUAUGCUGAUGUCAUCAUAGAGGGCAGCGGGAUAACAAUGACUGACAGCCGGUUUGGGCAGCAGGUGUACCCGUUCUCGGAGAGCACAAAGGGAAUCACUCUGCUUCCCCAUCAUUUCCAACACCAUAAGACGGGCUUGCCUAUCAGCAAGAAGGAGUUCAUGAUGGCUCUCACUAAUGUGACAGGCCUUCUCAUAAGAGCCUCUUACAGCAAUGAGGAGGUCGCCAUCUACAGGCUACUCUCUGUAAGUCUGGAGGUGGCCAAUGACUUCUCCAGGACUGAUGCAAAGGCCACAGCUGUGGAGAUGUGUCACUGUCCCCCAGGUUACAGUGGUACUUCCUGUGAGAUGUGUGCUGCUGGACAUAGAAGGGUUAAUGGAACUUUGUACAGCGGAGUGUGUGAACCCUGUCACUGCCAUGGCCACGCGUCGCUUUGUGAUUACAUCACAGGACAUUGCCUGGAUUGUCUGGAUCACACUGCAGGACCUCGCUGUGACGUUUGUACUCCUGGUUUCUAUGGGGACGCUACCAAGGGAACAGCCAAUGACUGCCAGCCUUGCGCUUGUCCACUGCAGACUCCUUCCAACAAUUUCAGCCCCACGUGUUACCAGGACUCCCGGGGGGAGCUGAUCUGCGACCGCUGUCCGCAGGGAUACACCGGACCACGCUGCGACAGGUGCUCCAAUGGAUUCUUCGGAAGACCCACAGAGCCGGGGGGCUCCUGUCAGCCGUGCCAGUGCAGCGGGAACCUGGACAGCUCGGCUCCCCGCAGCUGUGACCCCCUGACGGGCGCCUGUCUGCAGUGCAGGGAGGGCUACGGGGGGGACACGUGCCAUACCUGCGCCCCGGGGCACUUCGGAGACGCCGUCGUGGCUAAGAACUGUCAGCCAUGCCAGUGUCACCGCAACGGGUCCAUUUCGGAGGUGUGCGACCAGGUGACGGGGCAGUGCCAGUGUCGACAGCAUGUCGUCGGGAGACAGUGCGACGAGUGCAUGCCCAACUCGUGGUGGGACGCAGAGCAGCAGGUGUGUAAGCCCUGCUCCUGCAACUCAGUGGGGGCGCUGUCGCAGCGUUGUGACCUGGAGGGCCGCUGUGUCUGUAAGCCGGGCUACAUAGGCCGGCGCUGUGACCUGCGGCAGCAGGGCUUCGAGCGCAGGGAGACGCGCCGGCCCGUCCAGCAGGUGCCGCUGGUCCAGGUUCUGAGCAGGGGCUCCAGCAGCAGGACUGGAGGAUGUCCCCGGGCAGCGUACCGCCCCACAGGGUCCUCUACUUACAACAUGCAGCCAGCUCGUGGGUGCGUUCCCUGCAACUGUAACUCCUUCGGGUCCAAGUCCUUUGACUGUGACGACCUGGGUCAGUGCCGGUGCCAGCCCGGGGUGACGGGUCAGAAGUGUGACCGAUGUUCGCCCGGGCACUUCAACUUCCAGGAGGGCGGCUGUACACCUUGCCAGUGCGCCCGUGUCGGGAAUAACUGUGAUGCCAGGACAGGGAGGUGCAUCUGCCCCCCUAACACAGUAGGAGAGAGAUGUGACAAGUGUGCCCCCAAUUAUUGGGGUCAUGACAUCUUCACAGGCUGCAAGGCCUGUGACUGCAAUGUGGUGGGCUCCCUCAGCCUCCAGUGCAAUCCCAACACAGGCUGCUGCUUCUGCCGAGAACAGUUCACCGGCGAGAAGUGUAACGAGUGCAAAGUGGGCUUCCGCGACUUCCCACAGUGCCUUGCCUGUAACUGUUUGGCGGCUGGCACGGCGGACCAGACCUGUGACGCGGAGCUCGGAAUAUGCUCCUGUACCGAUAGGACAGGGCAGUGCACGUGCAAGGCCAACGUGGAGGGACUGCUGUGUGACCGCUGUCGACCGGGAACGUUCGGACUGAGCACCAGGAACCCGCAGGGGUGCAGUCAGUGUUACUGCUUCGGGAUGUCCAGCAAGUGCACCGAGGCCCAGGGCCUGAUCCGAAUGUGGCUCACCCUGAAACCAGAGCAGACUGUGCUUCCACUCGUGGAUAAAGCCAACCAACGGACGACCACACACGGGGUCGCCUUCCAGCACCCGGAGAUUAUCGCCAACGCAGACCUGGUGACCCGGGACCUGUCUGAACCUUACUACUGGAGACUACCUGAGCAGUUCCAAGGAUCUAUGAUAACUGCGUACGGUGGCAAGCUCAAGUACGCCAUUUACUACGAGGCUCGAGAUGAAACAGGCCGAACCUCCUACGAACCGCAGGUGGUCAUUAGAGGAGGGGCCAGGAAGGACAAGGUGAUGAUGCGGCAGAUGCCUGGCCUGCAGAUUGGUCAGCUGACCCGCCACGAGAUUGACAUGACAGAGCACGAUUGGAAACACAGCGACAACAGGGUUAUGAGUCGUGAAGACUUCAUGGAUAUCCUGUUCCACAUUGAUUACAUCCUCAUCAAGGCCUCGCAUGGAAACGUAAUGAGACACAGCAGAAUCUCUGAGAUUUCCCUGGAGGUUGCUGAGGAAGGGAAGCCGUCGGUGGAGAGCGAGCGAGCUCACCUGAUCGAGAAGUGCGACUGUCCCUCUGGCUACUCCGGUCUGUCCUGCGAGGAGUGUGCUGCCGGGUUCUUCCGACAGUUGGCCCGCGUCGGAGGCCCGGCCUCCAGGGCCGGCAUCGGGAGCUGCGUGGAGUGCCAGUGCAGUGGACACAGUGUCACCUGCGAUCCGGAAACAUCCAUCUGCCAGAACUGCCAGCACAACACCGUGGGGGACCGGUGCGAGCGCUGUGCCCCGGGAUUCUACGGAGUGGUGCGUGGGUUUCCCCAGGACUGCCGUCCCUGCGCCUGCCCCCUCGCCAACCCCGAAAACAAUUUCAGCCCAACCUGUGUCCCGGAGGGGUUCAAUGACUACCGCUGCACCGCUUGCCCUGAGGGCUACCAGGGAAAGUACUGUGAACGGUGCGCGAGCGGUUACCACGGCGACCCCCAGGCCCCCGGAGGGAGGUGUGAGGAGUGUAAGUGCGACCCGGUGGGGGCACUGCCCCGCCCCUGCCACCCCCGGACCGGGCAGUGCCAUUGCCGGACUGGGGCCACCGGCUUGGCGUGUGACAAGUGCAUGGAGCGGCAUGUGUGUGGGCCCUCUGGAAUCGUGUCAUGCGAUGAUGAUUGCAGUGGACUCCUCAUCGGUGACAUGGAUGGACUGCUUCGCCUCGUAUCCGGUGCCAACCUCACUGGUCCACUGCCACCACCCUACAAAGUGCUCUACAAGUUCGAGAACAUGACCGAGGAGCUCAAGCACCUUCUAUCACCACAGAGGGCGCCGGAGAGACUGGUGCAGUUGGCCGACAGCAAUCUGGCCAGCCUGGUGACGGAGAUGGACGAACUUCUGAGUCGGGCAACCAAAGUAUCGGCAGACGGCGAGCAAACAGACGCGGAUGCUGACAGGAUCCACAAAAGAGCCGAAGACUUAGAGAUGUUUGCCAAGGAUACAAUGCUUGCUGCUGAAGCUCUGAGAAACAAGGCCCAGCUUCUGAACAAGACCCUGGGCGUCCGACCCGGUGCGGCGGAGAAGAGUCUUAACGACAUGCACCGGGACAUCGAGGCCAUGCUCGGCGAGCUUCGGAAACGUCAGCUCGGGGGGAAGAAGCAAAUCGCAGAAGAAGAACUCGGUGCUGCGGACGCCCUUUACCAAAAAGUGAAGCGUCUGUUCGGAGACCCCCACCAGGCCACCGAGGACCUGAAGAAGGAGGUGACCGACAAGAUGGCCGACUACAAAGACAAGCUGGAGGAUGCGGCGGCCCUGCUGAAGGAGGCGCAGGGGAAAAUCAGGGAGACCAACUAUCUGUCAGCGGUCAACCAUCACAACGUGUCCAACCUGGAGAGGAAGAGGGACGCCAUGAAGAAAGGAAAGAAGGCGGCAGACGGGACCCUGGCGGACGGAGAGCGCAUCCUCGGCGAGGCCAACCUCCUCUCGGCCGGCAUUAAGCAGGAGCUGGAGGACCUGGAGGACAUGGAGCAGCAGUUGGGGCCCCUGCACGGACAGCUGGACUAUAAGGUCAGCACGCUGGCCGACGGCCUCGGACAGAAGACCCUCCCCGACCUGCUGAGAAGAGCAGAGGCCCACGCUGCAGAGCUCAACGAGUCCUCCGCCAUCUUGGACAGCAUCCUGGCAGACGCGAAGAACCUGUCCUUUAACGCCACUGCGGCGUUCAACGCCUACACCAACAUCAAGGACUUCAUCGAAGAGGCGGAGAAAGUGGCCAAGCAGGCAAAGGCUCGAGGGACGGAGGCUUUGCAGCUGGCAUCCGGCCCAGAAGGCUCUUUAAAGGAUCAGGCCAAAACCUCUCUCCAGAAGAGCUUCAGGCUGUGGAAUGAAGCCAUGAAAUUAAACAAUGAGGUGAAAGAGAACGGAGAGAGCGUGGGAGGCCUGCAGGCCAGGGUAAAGGCUGCUGGGAUGAAGAACAAGGACUUACUGAAGGCCCUCAAUGGUACGCUGGGAAAGCUACAAGCCAUCCCGAACGACACGAAUGCGAAGCUGCAAGCGGCCAAAGAGAAGGCCAGGGAUGCCAACGCUACAGCAAUCGACGUGCUGGAGAGACUAAAGGACAUGAACCUCAACCUCAUGGGCCUGCAGAAGAACUACAGCCAGCUGGAGGACGAUGUCAGGAAGGCCAACAACAUUAUCCAGGAUCCUGACAAGAACACAAUAAUCCACGCUGCCGGGGCCAAAGUGAAGGACCUGGAGGAUGAGGCGGACCGGCUCCUGGAGAAGCUGAAGCCCAUCACGGCCUUCCAGGACAACCUGAAGAAGAACAUCUCGCAGAUCAAAGAGCUGAUCAACCAGGCCCGGAAGCAAGCCAACUCUAUUAAAGUGUCUGUCUCGUCUGGAGGGGACUGCAUCCGUUCAUACCGGCCUGACAUCAAGAAGGGUCGAUACAACACCAUCAUCCUAAACGUGAAGACCACCUAUGCAGACAACUUGCUCUUUUACCUCGGAAGUGCCAAAUACAUUGACUUCCUGGCCAUAGAGAUGCGCAAAGGCAAGGUCAAUUUCCUGUGGGACGUGGGCUCAGGGGUCGGCCGGGUGGAACACCCGGACCUGACCAUCAACGACGGGAACUGGCACCGGAUAGAAGCUUCUCGAAUUGGUAUCAAUGGAACCAUCUCAGUGCACCCAUUGGAGGGUCCAAGGGCCGGCAUCAUGCCCAUGUCCCACAGUGCAACAUCUCCUCCCGGCUACACCAUCCUCGACGUGGACCAAAACGCUUACCUGUUCGUCGGGGGUAUACUGGGCACUGUGAAGAAAGCAGAUGCGGUCAAAACAACCACAUUCUCUGGUUGCAUGGGCGAGGCGUAUCUGGACAAUAAGCCCAUUGGACUGUGGAACUACAGAGAAAGAGAAGGGGACUGCAAAGGUUGUGUUGUGAGUCCUCAGCCCGCAGACAGCGAGGGUACAGUGCAGUUUGACGGGGAGGGCUACGCUGCUGUUAGCCGUCCGACGCGCUGGAACCCCAACGUCUCGACCGUCAUGUUCAAGUUCCGAAGUUUCUCCUCCAACUCCCUCCUUAUGUACUUGGCAACAAAGGACAUGAAGGACUUCAUGAGUGCAGAGCUGAUUGACGGACACGUGAAAGUCAGCUUCGACCUCGGUUCAGGCACAGGCUCGACCACCAGCGUCAAACGGCACAACGACGGCCGGUGGAAGUCCUUCACCAUGACCAGAGUUAAGAAACAAGCUACUGUGACCAUCGUGGACAUCGAGACCAACGAAGAAGAGAAGAUAGAAGCCACAUCCCAAGGGGCCAGCACGGGGCUCAACCUCAAGGAAGAUGAGAGGAUCUAUUUCGGAGGCCUGCCCACACUCGGAAACGUCAGGCCGGAGGUGUCUUUGAAGAAGUUUGCGGGCUGUAUGAAAGACAUAGAAAUUUCCAGAACACCGUACGAUUUGUUAAGCAGUUCGGACUACACAGGCUUGACAAAAGGCUGCUCUAUAGAGAACCUCCACACCGUCAGCUUCCCCAAGCCGGGCUUCAUGGAGCUGAAGCCCAUGUCGUUCGACGUGGGCAUGGAGAUCACGUUGUCCUUCAGCACCAAGAGCGACAAAGGCAUCAUCCUCUUCGGCGUCGGGGGACUCCAGGACCACCCCAGGAGGAAGCGCAGACAGACGGGAGAGCCCUUCCUGUCCGUGCUCCUGAACAAGGGGGCCCUGGAGGUGCAGGUGUUCUUGGGAGUCAGCAACCACCGCCGCCUGAUUCGCAGGGCAGACGACGGGAUACUGCACGACGGGCGUGAGCACUCCCUGCGCAUCGAGAGGCUGAGCAACAGGGCUUUCACAGUGCAGGUGGAUGAGGAGAACAAGCUAGACCAGACGCUGCCCAACGACUAUCCCAUGAGCCUCAAGAGGCUGUUCAUUGGGGGAAUCCCGCCCGACGUGGCAACCCGCACGCAAAGGACCAACGUCCCCUUCGAGGGCUGCAUCUGGAACCUGGUGGUCAACAGAAUUCCCACUGAUUUCUCCCAGCCGGUGUCCUUCGAGAACGCCGAAAUCGGCCAGUGCCCGGACUUGUCCCCUCCCCCGCCCCCCAGGCCGAUCCCAGAGGAGAAACCGGUGGGAGAGAAGAAAACGGACGACGUGUCCCGCCCGAAACCCGCCGCGCCGACCGCCGCGUCCGCCGCCCGGCUUCCCGCGACCCCCGGCAUUCCCUGUGCCACUGAAGCCAGCCCCGUGGUGCUGGAGAAGGCGAUACAGUUCGGUCUGUUGAGAAACAGUCACGUGGCUAUGGCCUUUGAUGAUACAAAGGUCAAAAACAGGCUGAUCAUUGAGUUUGAGCUGCGGACCGAGGCCGAGUCGGGCCUGGUAUUCUACAUGGCCAGGAUAAACCACGCCGACUUCGCCACCAUCCAGGUGAAGGAGGGCAUGGCCCACCUGGCCUUCGACCUGGGCAGCGGGAACACCUCCGUCCACGUCCCGCGUGUCAUCAACGACGGAAAGUGGCACAAGAUUCGGGUGACGAGGGAAAAACAGAGGGGGAUACUGAUCAUCGACAACCGCUACUCCAAGCACACCACCAGUCCCAAAAAGGCGGACAUCCUCGACGUGGUUGGGAUGCUCUAUAUCGGAGGCCUUCCCGUCAAUUACACAACAAGACGGAUUGGCCCGGUGCUGUACAGCAUUAAUGGCUGCAUUAGGAAUUUCAAAAUGUUGGGCUCCCUGUUGGACAUGGAUAGCCCCACAUCCAGCUACCAUGUUGGCUCCUGCUUUGUCAACCCCCAGAAAGGGACGUACUUCAACGGCACUGGAUAUGCUAAAGCAGUGGCCUCGUACAGAGUGGGUGCCGACAUGUCCAUCCAGCUGGAGUUCCGUACGUCCCAGGCCAGCGGAGUCCUGCUCGGAAUCAGCAGUCAGACGAUGGACGGGCUGGGCAUCGAGCUGCACAACGGCAAAGUGCUGUUCCACGCAGAUAACGGACUGGGGCGGGUCACGGCGGUGCACGAGCCAGACACAGAGGCGGGGCUCUGUGACGGACAGUGGCACUCAGUCGUCGCCCAUAAGCUGAAGCACCGUCUCAGCCUCAUUGUGGACGGCAGGCAGUCCGACGCCGAGAGCCCCCACAUCAAGUCCUACUCCGCCGACACCAACGACCCCGUUUACGUGGGGGGCUACCCUGAGGGUCUGAAGCAGUUUGGGCUGACCACCAGCACGCCCUUCAAGGGCUGCAUCCGCGAGCUGAAGCUAACCAAGGCCUCCAAAGUGCUGGAGGUCCCCUUCAACAAGGCUCUGGAGCUCCAGGGAGUGCAGCCGAUGACCUGCCCGGAGAACUGACACUCGACCGCCCAACCAAACAACGCAACCAGAACGCUUUCACUAGCCUCUUUCUCCAUGUAGUCUAGCAGUGUGACUUUGAUUUGAGGUUUUUUUUCUUUUCUUUUUUUCUUCUUUUUUUCUUUUUAACCCUCCUAUUAUGUCUAGAGGUUAUGACCACUCUUGUGUUUGGGGUCAAAUAGAAAAAUUUUGACACUUUGUGCGUCUCCUUCGCCUUCUUAUUUUCUCCCAAAUGUCCAGCCCUUUAUCCAUAAUUAUGAAAUAUCAUUUUAGAGCCUGAGGUACAGGAAGUGAAAGUUUGGCACCUGUAUGGGAAAAUGCCACCAGAAUCAUCCACAAAUAAAUCUAAGAUAUUGAUAAAAAUGGUUGUAUGUUUUCUGACAUUUUAUACAGUUACAGAGGGUCAGAAUAAGUCCAUACAACACAUGCAAAGUAGGACUUCUGAAAACAGCAUUAUGUUUAUUGCAUGUUUACUAUUUAAUCCCACCAAAAUAAAAAAAAUCAUACAGUAUCAAGAUGAAAAAAAGGUUAACUGGUUUUUAAGAGAUGUCAAACACUGAAUGGGGUCAAAUUGACCUCAGACAUAAUAGGAGGAAAGAGUGUGAAACAUCUCCACAGUGAAAUUAAGCAGGACUGAUUGAAAUCUUGUGGAUUUUUUAAAAAGAUGCUUGCAUGCUGUGCCUGUCACCUUGCUUGUCAACCUUAUUCCGCCCGCUAGUCCUGCGCGUGGUGACAACUGUAAUGUGAUUUAUAUGAAAUUUUCAAAUAUAGCCCGUUCUGAUGAUGAGAAGAA